AUGUCAGACCCCCCCAACAACACCCAAACCACGUUUAGUGGCGGCGACCCUCCUGCCGACAAUAAUUAUACCGACAAUAAUAAUGAACAGACUAAUAUUAAUGAUAUGCAAAAAAUUAUUGCUGUUGAACUGAAGGAGAAAGAAAGUUCUCAUUCCAGAGGACCUCAUUCUCAUGAAGCUCAUCACAUCAAACCCUCGACAAAAAUCCAAAAAAAUAAUGAAAAACCAGACUCCCAUAAAAAAAUUGAAACUAUCCACAAAAAGCUUGAAUCGAAUGAUAAGCAUAAUGCUUCUUCAAACCACGAAACCCCCGUUGAAACCCCUAUUGUGAAUGUUGGUCCAACCUUGAACCCUACCUUUGACUCUUCACCAGAUGGUGGUGAUGUGGAAAUUGACGCAACACCAUCACGUGACAUGGAUGUUCUCAUGCCGGAUGCAAAUCCAUUUGGUGAUAAUUCUGAAGCCUGGGAAUACAUCUUAAAACUUAAGGAUGUAUUUCUGGUUGAAUUGUCUAUUGUUAAAGAAGACUUGAGUAUUACAAUUGAAGAUUGGGAAAUAAAAUUUCAAAAUCUUGAACUUAAAAACAAUGAGUUAGCUAAACAACUCAUUGCUUUGACCGAAAAGCUUAAAGCUUCAGAAGGACAAGUGAAUUCUCUUCGCUCAGAACUUGAUGUUUUGAGAAACAAUCAGGUUCACACAGAAGUUAAACAUGUAAUGUUUGAAAAACUUAAAAAGGAAGUUAAGGAUAAUAAGGAUCAUUGCGAUAAAGUGAAACAUAAAGCUGAUGAAAUAGCUAAGAUGACUCUUCAAGAUUUGUCUCAAGAAAAAGCAAGAAACAAAAGAAUUAUCGACACUGAAAUCAAGGAAUUCAAAGAAAUGACCAACAAUCUUGAGAAAAGAGUUGAUAAUAUGGAAUACAAACUACGCAAAAAGGAAAUCAAGAGUGCGGUAAGAAAAGUCGACACUUUGCCUUUUGCUUUGACCCCUAAAACUCCAAAUGGAGCAACUCCAAAGUUGAAAGACAUUAUGAAGGCUCAAAAACAACACCGUGAAACUAAAGUUGAUGAAGACAAACCCACUUUUAGAGUGUGCAUAAGAAUUCCAGAUACCAUGAAAAGAGUUAAUAUCCCUGCGAUUGGAAAGAAAAUUGAUGCGGUUGCACAAAAGCCGGUGGCUCAGGAAAUAGGCUAUACUGUCAAAGGGCAUUUAUAUGUUCAACUUAAUGACAAAGAUUUUGCUGAUAAAGCUGCAGAAUGGAUCCCCAAAGUUGACCCUACUUAUUCAGUGCUUGACACAGAUUCUUGGUACAAGGCUGUACUUCAGGAAAUACCUAAUACGGCAUCGAUUGAAGACUUGAAAGAAACUCUCUACAAUUUUAAUGAUUACCAUAUUGUUUUGAAUACCGAACCCAAAAUCAUUAGCAGAAACCAAUUUACCCAAACAGCAUUGGUUUCAUUCAGAAAUGCCCAAGACUAUGCAAAGUGUGCUGAUAAUCUUAUUAUCCAGUACACAAAAGUUAAAGUUAGACCUUUUAUUAGCAGAAAAAAAACUCCUGAAGAACUCCAAGCUAUGCCAUUAACUACUAAAAUUGAAAAGUUUACAAAUCGAGAUAUGGUUACCAUUUUGGUUAAAGACAUUACAAUUGUCAAUGUCUAUAAUCAACCGAAACCAUCCAAGAAAUACCCUGAGCCACCGGUUUUUGAGUUUCUCAAACGGGAGAUCAAGGAACAAUACUCAAAGAUUGUCAUUGCAGGUGAUUAUAACUUACAUCACAAGGAAUGGGAGUCAAGGGCAGGUCCGAAUACGGAAGCAGAUGAAGUUGUUGAAACCAAUAUUGAUUUGGUUUAUGGCUCAGUGGACUUACUUCAUAGAAUUUCAUUUAGUGGAGUGGAUGAAAAUACACUAAGUGAUCACUCAAUUGUGGAGUGGGACAUCUAUAUGUCUCAGAGUAAAAACGGGGAUGAAGUUUUUACUUCGGUGAAGAGAUUGAAUAUUAAGAAUGCAGAUUGGGAAAAGUUUGACAAGGAGCUUUCUUCUGCCAUUAAAGAUUUUAAUGUGCAUAACAAAACUCUAAAAUCAACUGACCAAAUUGAUGACCAAGCUAAAGCUCUUGAGGAGGUUGUAAAAAGAGCAAUGGCAAAGUCGAUGAAGGAAGUUAAGGUGAUGAAAAGUCCAAACGCUAUUGGAAUCAAGAAUUAA